AUGUUCGGUGGCAUGAUGCAGAUUCUGACCGACACGACGCCACCGCACAUGAUUGGAAAAGUGGAGAGUCUGAAGCGCAAAUUGAGAAGAUGGAAAGCACAAGGGAGGCAUGCAUGCGAGGAAGUUUCCGCAGAGAAUGAUGAUCUGCUGGACAAUGCAAUGCGACCUAAAAAGAAGCCUGCCAAGAAGCAGAGAGUGGUUGAGCAAGAAGUUCCAGCUGAUGUUGAUCCCUGGAAUGCAUCUUCUGCUGUUGCUUGGAAUCCAGUCGAUGAGCAAUCCGAAGAUCCCUGGAAAUUUGUGGUUGAAGAGGAUGACCCAUGGGCCCAGUCUUGCAGUCCUCAGUCCUCAGUCCCUGAAGAUCCAUGGGGUCAUGAGGUUGAGGAGUCUGUGCAGUCGAGUGGGCGGCAUGUGUCGUUAGAUUCGGGCAGUCGCUUACUGGCAGAGUCCACUUUGAAGACUCACUCCAAUUCUUAUGAGAUUGCUGCAAUGGACACAGACAGGGUUCGACUUCGAUGGGCUCAAAAAUGUCCCCGUGCCAACUGCCAACUUGAAGGUUGUGCACCCCGGGCACUGCAUUUGAAGUCCCUCCAAGACUUGUGCCGGGACUUCUGGAGUAUCACUGCAGAGGAAAGGGUUCAUCUCCUUCAGGUCACCUAUGGUGAUGGGACUGGCAAGUCUACUGAGUACUACAUUGGUGUCAGUGGUGAGACCAAGUGGGGCAGUCAAGAGCGCGAAGCCCUUGCAACAUUGAAGUGUGACCACUUCUUCAGGGAGCUGCACCAAUCCGUUGCAGAAUGUAUGCCAGAAGAUGAUGAAGCAGCGGUGGAGGACCCGUGGGAACAGGAUACUCUCUAUGGCCAUGUGUCCACACCACUCACAGUCUCCAGUCUUGCAGUCUAUGGUGGGUUGCAGCGACGCUACAUUCAGAAGUGCCAGAUUUCUGAUCUGUAUUGGCAGUUUCAAGCUGAAUGGUCUGCCUUGACUGAGCUGCACCCACACUAUGGUGCAGAGCUGCCCAGCUAUGAUACCUUUCGGCGCAGGUGGAAUUCCCACUGGAGCAACAUGAUUCGCAUGCGAGAAAAGAGUCAGCACAAGCAGUGCCAGCGAUGCUUUGACCUGCAGCAGAUUUUGCAUAACCCCAAAGUGUCCUGGGCUCGCAAGAUGGAGAUUGCAAAAUUGCUGCGGCAGCAUCAAAAGGAUCAAUACCAGGAUCGACUCCUGUAUUGGUCCCUGAGAUGGGCUUCGACCAUCCAGGCACAGUCUUGCAGUCCUCAGUCCAGCCAGUCCCAGCAGCCCUUUGCUUCGACCAUCCAGGCACAGUCUUGCAGUCCUCAGUCCAUCCACUCCAAGCAGCCCUUGCAGUCAGGAACAGUUCUCACUGUCAUCAUCGAUGACAUGGACCACAGCAAGUUUGCGUGGCCACGGUGGGAGUUUCGCAAGCAGCCACAUGAGUUGGAUGGAUUGAUACGACCAACAGUCACAUUUACAGGUGCAUAUGCCCAUGGAUGGGGCACCUACCUGUAUAUGGCUGGCCCGCAAGUUGUGGGGGGAUCGGACUAUUUUUUGGAGGUCCUCUGUCAGACAUUGGAGCAGGUUUGGCAGUCUUGCAGUCCUCAGUCCUGGCCAUCUCAUCUGGUGCUAGUGGCUGACAACACCACAAAGUCAGCCAAAAACCAGUAUGUGCUGCGAUUUCUGUCUUACCUUGUGGGCCGUAAGAUUUUCAAAUCAGUGACUCUGUUUCAGCUCAUGGUUGGCCACACACAUGAAGACCUGGAUCAGCUUUUUGCAGUUGUGUAUUCGUACCUGAAGAAGAAAACAACCUGGGAAACUCCGGAUGAGAUUUUGCAACACAUCAAGUCCUGUUACUGCAUUGUCCCGAAAAGGCAGAAGCUUAUGCAACUGAGGCACAGGCAGCUGAUGGAAGAGAGUUUGGAUGGGACAGCAGUCUAUGUGUGCGUCAAAAUGUACUCUCGUGACUUGAACCUCAGCCAGCCCCCCCUCAAGGCUGCCACCAUGGCCCAGAUUGCUGCAGUCCAGCCCACUGUCCCGCGUGGUGUUCAUACUGCAGUUGAGCUGUCUGCCCUUCAGAUUGAGACUUUCUCUAGAUUGGCAGAUCUGGCAAACAAGUAUGGCAUGAUAGAAGCUGGCAAGGCUUUGACAGCCCUUGUUCUUGUGAGGCGCUAUGAAGUGCAUCCUUUGGAGUUUCUGAAACAAGAACCCAAACUUUUCGGUGCAGAGCCAGAAGGCUUUGCACAAUUGCCAUAUUUGCCUCAGUCCUGCUGGAGACUGAUGGCCAAGGUCUUGGAAAUAUUCAGUGUAUCCAAAACAUUGGUCCAGGCAGCAGAGACACGAGGGCUGAGUGCAACCAGUUUCGACUACAUGAACCCGGGGCAGGGGGACAUUUUGACAGAGGCUGGCUUUCAUCAGGCAGUUCGGCUGGUUAUGCGUUUGCAGGAAGCUGGCCUGAUGUGCAUUGCACCCGAUUGUUCCAGUUUCUCUUGGGCAUGCACAAGCAAGACCAAGCGCACCAAGCAAAAUUUUGCAGGAGAUACAAGCAAUCCCACUGUCAGACAGGGGAAUUUCAUGGCUGAGGUGGCAUUCUUCCUUUACUGUCUUGCAGCAGCACGAGGAAUAUAUGUGUGUCUGGAGAAUCCUGUGGGAUCCACUUUGUUUUCAUUCCUCAAGAAACACAUCAUGGCACUCGACAAAGUCCUCAGUCCUCAGUUUUUCUUGGUUGACCGCUGCGCUUUUGUGACCGAGAGACCUACGUAUGGCAAAAGGUACAAGUUCAUGUGCUUGCACCCCAGUCAUGCAGUCCUCAGUCCAUGCUGGUUCAAAGCCGCAGUGCACAGUCGUUGCACCUGUAAAGAGAGCCACUUGGCAUUGAUGGGUGAGAAAAAAGAUAAGGAUGGAAAGACCAAGAAGAGUGGAAGUACUGAGCUGAAGGCAAGUGGUCUUUACCCAGCAGCACUGGGUGAAUCAAUUGUGCUUGCUUGGCUGGCCCGUUUUGCUCCGGAUGCAAAGCCAUGUCUACUGGAGAGAAAGCAUCCUUUGCCAAGUCUUGUAUCAGAUGUCAGCCUUGCAGUCCUCAGUCCUGCUGUUGAUGCUGCAGCCAGACCUGCAAAGAAAUGGGAAGAUUUGAGAAUUGAUGAAAUUCGAGCCCUUUUUGGUGAAGAACCUGAAGCUGAUGAUCCUUGGGGAGAUGAAGAGGGAGACACUCAGAUGCUUGGUGAUACCCCUGGUGCUGAGACUGUUACCCCAGGUGUGAAUCCACCGAAGGUGACCGACCCACCAACAGGUGAGAAGGUAUCACCUGUCAAACCUCGAGUCCUGUUUGGCAAGAUCACAAGUCAAGAGGUGCUUGCUGCAGACAAGGCCGGUGUUGCAGUCCCUGGGCAAGGCAGUCUGGCAGUCCUCAGUCCCUCUGCAGAUGUUGGGGCCUCCCCACUCCACUUGGUCGAGGCCAAAGCGCAGAAGAGAGCAAAGGCCAAGGCCAAAUCCCAAGCCAAGACUGACCCUGUCCUCCCAACCCAAGACUCCACAGUCCAGCAGCCCAAGAAAAAAGGCUGGCCAAAGGGCAAGGCAAAGGCAAAGGCAAAGGGACAGCCUCUGAAGCGCCCUGCUGCUGUGAUGAAAAGACCGGCUGCAGCUUCGACAUCAGCCAACCGCAUACAGGAUGUGGAUACCCAGAACAUGGCCGAUGUGACGGAGCUGCAAAGCACAGCUGCAGAGAAGCACCCUGAGGAUUUCAUCGACAGAUGCAAGACUGAGCCCAUGGAGGAGCAGGAUGUUGACAUGCAGAAGGAUGUGGACAUGAAGGAUGCCAUGGAGCACCAGGAGGACAACGACGACAAGGCCAAGCUUGUGGAGGACAAGAAGGAGGAUGCUCCCGAUUCCGAGAUCAGUCCGACCAAGUCAGACAAGGAUGCAUUGGAUAUUGUACACAACAAGAACGUGGGUGUGCAGUGGCCAAUGAAGCACACUUUUGCUGGGCGCUACAAGCCCAAGAAUGCGUCCGGCGCUGAGCUGUGGACUGUGCGCAGAAACAUGUUCUACACCUACGUCCCACCGUCGGAAUGGAGUGAGAAGAAUGAGCGUCUCUUCUUCUCUCUUGCAGACCCGGACAAGACCACAGUCCAGAUCCUCCAAGAGUUCAAGAGGACUUUAAAGGGCAGUCUUGCAGUCCUGCAGUCCUCUAGGUUGGCCCACCAGAGACACAUCGAGGAACUCCUGGCUCGCUGUGAAGCAGUGGCUGGAACUGAGGAAGGCAAGAUGUUGAAGCGGUUCCAUUUGAGAAUCUGGCAGCUGGGGGGUCAUGAAGCCUCACAUGUCAAGGGGGCUCCACAACUCCAUGGAGUUCGGGACAACAUGCAGAAGUUCAUGACUGGGAUGGGGUGUGAAACACACAAGUUUCCCUUGGAGAUUCUGUUCGAUUGGCCAACUGCGUGGAAACCGAGUGGUGCUUCUCCGGUUCCUGGCUCACCGGUCGAGCCCUUCAGUCUUGGAGUCAGCAUUGGGUCGACUGUCACCAUGGCAUGCCACCUUCUCAUUUAUGCUGCCAUGAAGCUUGAUUGGUUGAACAGUCCAGCAGUCCCAGACCAUGUCAAGAAGGACGUGUCAGUCCGGUUGAUGAGCUGCAUUUGCAACUGGGAUGUGAUGGAAACAGUGACAGGUAUCUUCGGCACCUGCAGUCCUCAGUCCUCUGUCGAGCAGCAGUCCAUGGAGAGUUUGCGAAUCAAGACAGAUGCAAGCGCAAGGUUCGACAAGGUUGUGAAUGCCAAGGUGAUGGCAGGAUCACGCAAGGUUCGGAAGGACAUGUUGCAGGAUGUGAUCAACCGCCACAACAGGUUCUUCAACCCGACCAAGCAGCUGAGUGGCAACCUCAAGGUCUGGCAUGAAAUUGUCAAGUUCUCUUGGGAGAAGAUCGAGGAGGUGUUGCACAGACUGCAGGUAAAGUGGAAUGGCAAGAUCCAGGAGUAUGUUGACAGGCAGCAGCCUCCCCCGAUUCAUCAGGCAUCCAUCUGUGGAGGCUUCCGUGAUUCUGGCCGAGAGAGCCAAGUCUACCUCAUGGCCUGUGUCAUGGUGCACUUCAAGGACCAGAUGAAGAAGGACAUGACCCAGGAGGAGUAUGACAAGAUGAUGCACCAUUGGCGCCUGGGACAUUUGGAUGGGAAGCUCUUCCCCGAGGUGGUAGCCAUGAGGCCGGACUUCAGCUUGACAGAUUUGGGGCUCCGGAUGCAGCAAGAAGAGUCUGUCAACAGUCUUGCAGUCCUGCAGUCCUCUGACCUGAUGGAUGAUGAAGCUGCACUGGAGCAAGUGCGCACUCUCACCAACAUUGCAAGGUCCCUCAAGAGAGAGCAGGAUGAGAUGCGAGGCUAUCGUGUUGCAUCCCAGCGACACAUGGUGCAAACUGUGGCAGCCGAAGCUGAGUACCAGAAAUCCAUUGCACAGGGUGUGGAAAGUGCAUGGGCCGACCAUGCGAUCUACUAUCAGGUCAGUGCCACCAAGACAUUGGGAAUGGGGCAGGCAUUCGAGCAUGCAACACAUAGGACGCUGGCCAGCCGUUUGAUGCAGGAUGUGAAGCAGAUUCCAGUCAUCACUGUGAUGAACAUUCCCAUGCUGGGUUCCGCUGCAUCAUCAUGUGUGAAGGCAAUGGUGGGUCACAUGGCUUCGGAGCUCCAGCAGUCUUGCAGUCUUGCAGUCUACCUGGUCAUUCCACCCAACCAGGUUGCUUUCGGUUUGGGCAAGCUGUCCAAGACCGAACGUGAGGACAAGGUCUUGGCUCACCAGGCUGUCUGGAAGUCUGAGAUUGAAAGUGUCACUGAGAUCAAGCUUGUGAAGGCCACUGCACUUUUCGAUCACGAGUCGAUGUACAGUGACGAUCGAACACUUGGUGUUGAGUUGUGGAUUGUGCUAGCAGCAGCUGCAGAGUCGAAUGUUUUCCAGUCCUCUGUCCUGCUGAAACGGAAGGCAAUUCCAGGGCUGGUGACUUGUUUCCCGAGACAGUCCAUGAAAAACUUCAGCAAGGAUAUGUCCUUUGUGACGGGUGGCAAAACAAACGGUGACCAAGACCUGGAGCGCAAGCAGUGGUACUCCGGUGCCGGCUUUCUGUCAGAGGUAAUCACCGCCCUUGUGAAGGGCACCAAGCUGACAGAGAAGCACACAGUCUUGAUACGUGAUGAGUCAUUGUACGAUGCAGAGCUCAGUCUUUCAGUGGCCAAUUUGAAUGCUGUCAAGAACAGCAGUUUCCCCAAGUUUGCCUAUGUCGGGAUCGCAUGGGCUGGCAACGCACAGACUAAGGAUCAGAUUGUGGCAAAUGUGGAGGAAGUCUUCACUGAGUAUGUCAAAGCAGCCAUUGCCAGGAAUGAGUACCAUCCUGUUACACUUCCACCCUCCCUGCUGUCGCGCCCAGUCUUGCAGUCCAGCAGUCCUCCAGUUCUGAAGCUGGACGUGUUUGAGAUGACACAGCCCACAUCCAACAAUGAGCUGCACUGGCUCCGGGAAACCGUCACCAAAGCUAAGGCGUGUGGAGAUGUUGCUUCCUGA